AUGGAUAGGGAGGGUUAUCCACUUUACCCAAAUCGUAAUACAACUUUUGUGCUUCAGCCAGGUGCCCAGAUCACCAAUUUCGGGAACGUUGGCUAUUCAAAGACUACCAGCAAUGAGAAAAGUAAAGACAACAGAUGGAAAGUCAUCCGGGUCCGCUGCUUGGGUGUCUUGCUCUGCGAUUCCGAAGACUGCGACUAUGCCGGGCCUCCACCAACUGGACAAGGGAAGAUAGAGGAGUUGAUUGGAAGUAAUCGAAGCUGUCCGGCAUCAGGUGGCGAGUGUCCAGGAAAAGUUCACUGGCAGGCUUGCACAGGAACUCGACUCAGGUUUGACAUCGAAAUAGGCACUGGAUGGGGUCUCCUACGACACACAGGUUUCCACAACCACCCAUGGCCAGAUCCUAAGAAGCCCGAUCCUCUGGCAAAGAAGAUGCUGGCCUUAGAGGUAGCCAAAAACCCAAAGGCUGGCGCCCUCCAAUUGAAGGUUCGGGCAUCCCAUCUACCUUCAUUCUUUCUUGCUGCCUAA